CUUGACAGCGCGCUCUUCCGAGCCUAAAUGACCUCAAGAUGUCUCAAUCCCUCCGACCAUACCUCCAAGCCGUCCGUAGCAGCCUGACUGCCGCCCUCUGCCUAUCCAACUUCGCCUCGCAGACGGCAGAGAGGCACAACGUCCCCGAGGUCGAGGCACGCACCUCUCCAGAGGUGCUUCUCACGCCUCUGACCGUCGCGCGCAACGAGAACGAGCGCGUGCUGAUCGAGCCGUCCGUCAACUCCGUACGCAUCAGUAUCAAGAUCAAGCAGGCGGACGAGAUUGAGAACAUCCUGGUGCACAAGUUCACGAGGUUCCUGGAGCAGAGGGCCGAGUCCUUCUUCAUCCUGAGGAGGAAACCUAUCAAGGGAUAUGACAUCUCAUUCUUGAUCACGAAUUUCCACACCGAGGAAAUGUUGAAGCACAAACUGGUAGACUUCAUCAUCCAAUUCAUGGAGGAGGUGGACAAGGAGAUUUCGGAGAUGAAGCUCUUCUUGAACGCAAGGGCACGUUUCGUGGCAGAAUCAUUCCUGACCCCAUUCGAUUAAGCUAUCUUACCACAUUUACGCGCCAGGCUGGAAAAAUGACUUUUCCACAAAAUAACGAAUUGGUUGGGCAGGAGAGGGGGAAACCCUCUUGGUGUUUCCGUCCAACCUGGCUCCCGACCACUCGACUACAAACAAUCAAACUUGGUGUUGUGGGGAUUUCAGGAGUGGAGGAGAUUUGGAAGGAGGAUGAGCCAUAAAGAGUGUGCCUUUCGGGGAGGGGCGUGGGGGAUCAAAAAGAAGAUGAGAAAACAAAGAUCUCUCGCAUCCUUACUGCAGGCUUCCCCAUACUCUUCUGUUAUUCAGAUCAUUUGUCUAAACCACGCACAACAGUCAUCAUUUUGUGCGCUCGUGUAUCCUCCUCAACACACUCGUCGUUAUCAUGCACAUGUCUCUGGAGAACUUCACAUCACCAAUACUUCGAGGUUUUAUGAGGUUAAUGCCUUGAGCCAACACUGUUCCAUCAAUUGGCUAGUUCCAUGGUGUUCUGAGGGUGCUACAGCAUGCUCUGUGUGAUGAAUUUUACAUUGGAGUUGAGUCCAAGCCCAGUAUGAUAUUCCAUCCAGUCUGAAGCCAUGUUAGUCUGUCUCAACAUAUUCAGAGCGUCUCAACUUGGUACCAGAAAAGAUAAUAAGGCCUCCAGGACGCUUUUAUCAG